AAACACAACCGUCUUUUAUUACACAUAUUUCCGUUACUUUCGGUAUUAAAAUCGUCGAUAACCAUCAGACACGACAUGGUUUUUAGACCAUUCUCAAACAGAUUCAGCUCCUUCUUCUUCGUAUCCACAAAGACACAAAUCUAAAAUUAUGCUACACAAUUUUUCACAAGCAAAUAAUUUCAGGGUUCUUUUGCCAAUGUUGUUGUUAAUAUAGCUCAAAGACGAAAGAUUUCUUGUUUUUUUUAAUGAAACUUGGAUAUAUAGUUGAUUAAAAGGAAAGGUUUUGAUGAUCUGGGCUUGGAGCAAAAAGAUUGGUAAUUAGAUCUAAUAGGAGAUAUAGGUAGAUUCUUGGAUUCUUUUGAGAAAAGAUUGGUGGGUUAUUAAAAUAAGAAGAUGGGGGUUGAUUACUAUAACAUAUUGAAGGUGAACAGGAAUGCAACAGAUGGUGAUCUAAAGAAGUCGUAUAGAAGAUUGGCUAUGAAAUGGCAUCCUGAUAAGAACCCCACUAACAAGAAAGAAGCUGAAGCCAAAUUCAAGGAGAUCUCUGAGGCAUAUGAGGUCUUGAGUGAUCCACAAAAAAGAGCAAUUUAUGAUCAGUAUGGUGAAGAAGGAUUAAAAGAAGCACCACCGUCUGGCAGUGGCGGCUCCCCUUUUGGCAACGGUAGUGGGUCAAAUGGUUUCAAUCCUAGGAAUGCAGAGGAUAUCUUUGCAGAAUUCUUUGGGAGCAGUCCUUUUGGAUUUGGAUCAACAGCAGCUGGUAGAUCCUCGAGGUUCCAAUCAGAUGGAGGGUCGUUUGGUUCAUUUGGCUGUACUGAUAAUCUUUUCCGAACUUAUAGCGAGGGAACUACACUAAGGAAACCACCACCUGUAGAGAGCAAAUUGCCUUGUAGCCUCGAGGAACUAUACUCUGGAUCAACAAGGAAAAUGAAGAUAUCGAGAACUGUAGUUGAUGCCCGUGGGCGACAAAUACAAGAAACAGAAAUAUUAACCAUUGAUGUGAAGCCAGGGUGGAAGAAGGGAACAAAGAUUACAUUCCCGGAUAAAGGAAAUGAGCAGCAGAAUCAGCUUCCAGCAGACCUUGUGUUUAUUAUUGAUGAGAAGCCCCAUACCACAUACAAGAGAGAUGGAAAUGACCUUAUCAUCAACCACAAGGUGACACUAGCCGAGGCCCUAGGAGGAACAACAGUAAAUCUCACCACACUUGACUGCCGUAAUCUAUCAAUUCCUGUUCAUGAUAUAGUGAGCCCUGGUUACGAGCUUGUUGUGGCCAUGGAGGGUAUGCCAAUAGCGAAGGAGCCAGGUAAUAGGGGCAAUAUGAGGAUCACAUUUGAAGUGAAGUUCCCAACAAGAUUGACACCAGAGCAGCGAGCAGGGCUCAAGCGCGCAUUAGGGGGUUAAAGAUUGAUCAAAUUGUUAUAUAUAUACACAUAUAUAAGAGCUAAAUUCUGAAGCCAAUGCUGUUUUCCAUUCUUUCAAUUUGCAAAGGUUGUCUUUUGCUGUCCUUGUAUUUAUAGACCCUUUAAACCAACACCUAUAGGAAAAGUACUGUAAUUAUUAUAGACCCUCACAGCCAUUACUGGCUGGUUCAUGUGACUGAUAUUCAUUUUUUUUCUUUAGGAUAGGAGGAGGGAUAAACAGGGCUGCAUACAUCAUAUUGUUUUUGUCCUUGCAUUCCUUUGCUGGACGACUCCA